AGUGUGGGCCUUAAAUGUGGAGCUUAGGAGUUAGGACCUCCCCAUUCCGCUUACACCCGAGAACUGGGCAUCAAUCGGGUCUUCUAAAUUGAACCGAAAGUAGAUUUCGCAUCUUUCUCCUUGGAUUCCGGCCUGCACGAAUUGGAGUUGUCGCGGAAGUCACAUCUUUGUUGAGUUGAAGAAUAUGGGCGGCGGAGGCGAUGCUGAUGUUGCGGCGAACAGCGACGGUGACAAUUCGAAGAACAACGAGGGCAGCUUGACCGCUGUCCCCGGUUCCGAUAGCGGCGGAGCUGUGACUAUCAACAUCCGAUGCUCCAACGGCUCCAAGUUUUCAGUGCAGGUCUGCCUCACUUCUUCCGUCGCGUCCUUCAAGUCGGACAUCUCUCAGCGCUGUGAAAUCCCUGCCGAGCAGCAGCGCUUGAUCUACAAGGGUCGGAUCUUGAAGGAUGAUCAAACCCUAGAUAGCUACGGUUUGAUGGCUGAUCACACUGUUCAUUUGGUUCGUGGCUUUGCUCCACCCCCCUCUACAAAUAAUGGAGCUGCAACUAAUCCUGGAGUUCCAAGUGCUAAUCAAAAUGCACCUAGGGAUACUGGUCUGAAUGUUGGCGGAGCAUUAGGAGGAUCAGGUCUUGGAGCUUCGCUGUUCCCUGGGCUCAAUUUGAAUGGACUUGGUAGUGGUGGUGGUGGUUUAUUUGGAGCUGGACUUCCAGAUUUUGAACAAGUUCAGCAACAGUUGAAUCAAAACCCCAACAUGAUGAGAGAUAUCUUGAAUGCACCAUUUGUCCAGAAUUUAAUGAAUAAUCCAGAAGUCAUCCGCAACAUGAUCAUGAAUAAUCCUCAAAUGCGGGAGAUCAUGGACCGAAAUCCAGAGCUUGCUCACAUACUAAAUGAUCCUGCCACUCUACGACAAACCAUGGAAGCUGCACGAAACCCUGAGCUCAUGCGAGAGAUGAUGCGUAAUACUGACAGAGCAAUGAGCAAUAUUGAAUCUUCUCCAGAGGGAUUUAACAUGCUCAGGCGCAUGUAUGAAACUGUUCAAGAGCCAUUCUUGAAUGCAACAACCAUGGCUGGGGACACAAGAAGUGAUGUGGGGUCAAACCCUUUUGCAGCUCUCUUGGGUGUCCAGGGUGGUGUGCAAGCUAGGGAUCAAACAAACAAUCCCCCAAGAGCAGGAUCUGAAGACACUACCAAUCCCCCUGUUCCAAAUAUUAAUCCACUUCCUAAUCCUUGGGCCUCUGCUGGCACUGGAACUGAACAGACUAAUACAACAGCCAGGUCAACCCCAGCUGGGGAAGCUAGGACAGCAUUAAGUGGCUUAGGUGGACUUGGACUACCAGAUCUUUUAAGUGCUAUGCCAGAUCCCAAUGCUGUAAAUCAGAUGAUGCAGAAUCCUGCUAUUUCACAGAUGAUGCAGUCUCUGCUCUCUAAUCCUCAGUACAUGAAUCAGAUUCUUGGCCUCAACCCACAAUUACGAAACAUGCUUGAUUCCAAUUCCCAACUAAGGGAGAUGAUGCAAAACCCUGAGUUCAUUCGCCAAAUGACAUCCCCUGAGAUGAUGCAGCAAAUGUUGGCGUUUCAGCAAUCUCUUGCGUCCCAGUUUGGUCGGCAGCAGACAAACCAAGCAACAGGCCCAAACAGUGGAAGAGCAGGUGCACCUGAAAAUAUGGGAUUAGAUAUGCUGAUGAAUAUGUUUGGUGGACUUGGGUCAGGUGGCUUUGGAUUUCUCAAUGGACCUAACGUUCCACCUGAAGAACGGUACGCGCCUCAGCUCGCACAGUUACAAGAAAUGGGCUUCUUUGAUGCGCAAGAAAACAUAAGGGCUCUCACAGCUACUUCAGGGAAUGUUAAUGCUGCAGUGGAUCGCCUUCUAGGCAAUCCUCCAAAUGGUCAAUAGGCUCUGCGCGUGCCACUGCAUUCUGUUAAAUACAUUAUUGACUUAUAUGUAUACCUUCUUCCAUUAGGGAUCGGUCACACCCGCAUAUCGAAUACUAGUUUUUUUAAUAUUUAAUUUAAAUAAUGAUCUUUUUUUUUGAAAAAAAAUACUCCCUUUUGUUUUUUCUAUAGACGGCGUAAGUAUGGCGGAGCCAAUGUUCUUGAUUUUCUUGUACAUGUGGCGUUGAAGGUUUUUAUCGCCCAUUUGUUCUUCUGUGUGACUUUCUGAACAUGAAAGUUAACUAAUGUUUAUUAUAAUGCUUACUAUAUUUGUUUCAU